AUGCAGAAACUACGACUAUUGUCCUGGCUUUCUCCCAGGAGGGCCAUAGUUGGAUGUGUACUGAUUGUUGUCCUUCAAAUAUCCUACUUCCUACAUCGGAGCAAUUUGCUUCCUUGGCAAGCCGGGGCAGUUCUUCGGCAUAAUGUCGUUCACCAACUUGUCGGCUUGACCAAUUCCUAUGCCUCGAAUUCUGCGAAUGCCAGUGUUGGCCUUGUUCUGGCAUCGAUUCAUACCGACGACUUGACGUGGCUACUGGAUUAUUGCACUGAAAGCGGCAGUGUGCCAUUCGUUUACACAACGGAGCGAUCUCCCGAGUUCGGUCUGCUAGUUCCCCCUACACUCCGCGGUCGAGAGGCUUCCGCUUAUCUUUCCUACGUUAUCGAAUUCUACGAUCAUCUCCCGGAAUACUCAAUUUUUGUCCAUGCAUUCCCCGAGCAAUGGCACAAUGACCUUUUUGGGCCUUAUACCCUGAACACUUUGAGGAAUAUUCGGCUCCAGUCCGUCGAUGCUUAUGGAUAUGUGAAUCUUCGAUGCCAGCACAACCCGGGCUGCCCAACAAGCGUAUAUCCGCUAAGUCCGAGCCAGGCCGACAUUGAAAAUCACGACAUCCGCGCAUAUUUUUCGGACGCCUAUCAGCAAAUCUUCAACGUGACCUCAGACAAGGUACCUGGUGCCAUCGGAAAUGUCUGCUGUGGACAGUUCGCAGUUAGCCGAGACAGAAUUAGAGCGCGACCCAGAGAAGACUAUCAACGGAUUCUAGAUUGGGCCGCGACAACUGAACUAACAAAUGAUUUUGGUGUCGGGUGGGUUCUAGAAAAGCUGUGGCACAUUAUAUUCGGCAUGGAUGCAGUCUACUGCCCUCGCUUUGAACAAUGCCGCUGCGAUGUUUACGGCUGGUGUGGACCUCUACCAUCGGGAGAGUCACUGCAAGCAGUUAUCAAGCCAGAUCCCCACGACGGCUCUCCUACAUAG